AUGAGAUUGGAUGACAUAUUGAAACAACAAUCUGAGAUUAACAGUUUGAUAGAAAGUUUAUCCGUUAUUCACAAGAAGGCUUUAUGCGACCCAUCGUUAUCGUCAUCGUUGGACAAUAUUAGAAAUGAUAUAGAAGUUUGCUUCAAUGAUCAAUGUGUGCUGAAUGACAUGCUCACUUCACAUAACGGUGAAAUCAAAGAAGAAAUUGAUGCUCUAAGAGGGUGUGAAAAAUCCUUUGACAAGUGUAAUGAGAAAGAAAAAGAAUUGUUACAAAACUUAAAGUUUUGGGACGAACGAAUAACUCCAUCAUCCUCAUCAAUAAUCGUCGAUGAACUUACAAAGAUAACUAUUUCGUCAAGUUAUAGGUCACCACUGAAUAGAUAUAUUGAACUUGUUGGGGCUGGAAAUACUUCUUUAGGAAAUAGUGAAAGUGGUGACGACACCCACAUGAGCGACGUCGAUUUGCUGAAGUCAAUUAGAACAUUAGAGAUAGCCAAUGAAACAAAUACAGCAGAGAUAAAGCAAUUAGAAAGCUUAUUAACCACUUUUAAAAAGGAUAACCAAUUUAUCCAGAAGGAAUUGAAGAUUCAAACGCUGAAAGUAAAAUCUGAAAGGAAUAAAAUAAUGGACGGACUCAAUAAGAUAAAGGAAAGGAAGGAAGAACUAAUGAGCAAGGCCAAUUUCCCGCUUGAAUCGUCGUCAAAACCUGCUUCUUUAACCUCUAGACUCCUAAACAUGGCAAUGAACGACAAUAAUAGUAAUUCUAAUGAUAACAAAAAUCAGGUUCUAGAGGAAACUAAACAUUUUAAACAUUAUGUCAAAAUUAGAAUACAAUCAUUGGAAGAUCAGCUUGCACAAGAGAAGGAUAACAAUUCCAAUUUAAUCACAACCAAAAAUGUAUGGAGAGAAUGUAUCAAUGCUAUACAUGAUUUGGAAGGUACAUUGAGAGUAGCCAUUGAGAACAAUCGAUUUGAAGUAGAAGAAGUAAAGAAAAGAAUUGAUAAUACCGUGAAUUACUUGGCAAGUUGCAUCGAGUCUUCGGAUAAUAAAAUUUUAAGAACAUUAAUUUUGAAUGAACAGGAAGUUUUGGAAAAUGCAAUAAAGGAACUCGGUUCAACUGAUAAAAGAAAACCGGAAAUGAUAUAUGAUUCAUCUUCGAGAACAAGUGAUAACAAUAGUAAGAAGAAUAUAAGCCCUCCUUUUUUAACUGUCAGUAAGUCUCCCCCGAAGAUUGGUCUUUCCGACAAGACAACUAGUGGUAACUUAGAAAAUCUUACAGUGGUGAGAAACAAUAUAAAGAAAAACAAAUAA